AUGGAUUUUUCACAAUUGAAGCAGAAGUAUCCAUUUUUAGAAAAAAUAUUAAAUUUGCAUGAUGAAUUGGAUCAACAUGUGGAUGAAAAUGAUAAUGAUAAUGGAAUUUUAAAAAUAUGUGAUCAAGCUGUUUCAUUACAAAGUAAUAAUAAAGGAGAGUAUAAAAAAUUUUGUACGAAACAUUUAAGAAACCUGUAUUUAUGUAAAGAUUUCAAUAGAGAUAAAAGUAUAAAUUGCUGUAGUAAUUUAGACGUAUGGUUAUAUUUUGAAAUAAAGAAAAAGAGUCUUUCUAAUUCUAUUAUUGAACAAAUAUUUAAUGAGUUAGUUAUAAUUAUAAAGGAUGUACUUAAAAAUACGUACUGUUCUUAUUUGUAUUUUAGUGAAAAAAUUUACGAAAUAGAAGAAUUAGUCAUAUUAAGUAUAUUUAAUGAAAAUUAUAAAGCUUUUCGAAGUAUAUUGAAGAAUGAAGGAUCUAAUUACUACUGCUCUUGUAGAAACUUUGUUAUCGAUUGUAUUAAUAUAUACAAUACUAUCAAAAUAAAAUACUGUUCCACUGCAUUUGGUAAAUCUGGAAAUAAUAUAGGUACUUGUAAUAUAUUGGAUAAAUUUUUUCUUUAUUAUACAGAAGAGAUUUAUAGUGAUAUAGGAAAACAAGCAAAAUUACCAGAUUUAUCUUCUACUAUUGACAUAAAUAUAAAAACUGAUGAAUGCCCGUUGCAGAGAAAUAAUAAUGAAUUAGGUUCUGUUAAUGGAGACCAAUCGGAUAUUUCUAGAUCAUCUACAGUAUCUAUAACACUAACAGAACCAACAAGAAAAACAGUUCCUGUAGCUCUUGGAACAAUAGCUGGAGUCUCAUCAACUUUGGCACUUUUAUAUAAGGUUAUCACAAAUUUUUAUUUAAACAUAUGA